AUGACCAAGGUGCGGGUGGCAGUAAUUGGAGCUGGGGCGUCCGGGCUGUGUGCAGCCAAACACAUCCUGACAAGUCCAAACUGCUUCGCCCCACCAGUGGUGUUUGAGCUCAGCGGCAACAUUGGCGGCACUUGGGUGUACGAUGAACGCACUGGUACACGUGACAAUGGGCGGCCGAUCCACAGCAGCAUGUACAGAGACCUCAGGACCAAUGUGCCCAAAGAGGUGAUGAAAUUUCCCGAUUUCCCGUUUGAGCCUCAGGAGAAAAGCUUCCUGUCUCACCAGGAAGUUCUCAGAUACCUGGAGAGUUACUGUGACAGCCACAACAUCCGGCCUCACAUCCGGCUCAACACAGUGGUGGAAAAUGUGAAGCCUGUUGUCAUGACAACAGAGGGAGAGGAGGAGGAGAAGACAGUAUGGGAAGUGACAUCAUCUGACUCGUCAGGUUGUUGGAAAACGGAGACCUUUGACGCGGUCUUUGUCUGCACAGGGCACUUCUCAGACCCUCACAUCCCAGACAUACCGGGGAUAGAGAACUUUAAAGGAAAGGUACUCCACAGCCAUAACUACAGGUAUGCCGAGCCGUUCUCAGGUCAGUCUGUGGUGGUUCUCGGAGCUGGAUUUUCAGGAGUGGACAUUUCCAUUGAACUGACCAAAGUGGAUGCCCAGGUCACUUUGAGUCAUGGCCGCCCUCGCUUUAACUGUCCUUUACCUUCUGGGAUGCAACAAGCCGGUCCGAUCGAGGCUAUCCAGGAGGAUGGCAGCAUUCGCUUCCAGGACGGCUCAGUAAGCGAGGCUGAUGUCCUACUGUUUUGCACUGGGUACAAUUUCAAGUAUCCAUUCCUGGAUGCAGCUCAGCUGGGUGUGGAGAUCCAUGAUCAUCUGAUCACGCCGUUGUACCGCUUACUGAUUCCCCCUGCCUUCCCCACGCUCUUCUUCAUUGGCAUCUGCAAGCUCAUCUGUCCCUACCCCAACUUCUACUGCCAGGUUCGGUUCGCUGUGGCCACGUUGGACGGCACAGUCACUUUACCAACUCGGGCCCAGAUGGAGGACGAGGUCCACCGAGAUAUUCAGGAAAAGUUGGCCCGUGGAGUUAAGCUGCGCCACAUUCUGAGUUUGGACACGGAUCAGUGGGAGUAUUGCCACUCACUGGCUCGCAUGGCCAACUUCCCGCCACUGCCUCCUGUCAUACGCAGCCUCUUUGAGGAGGCAAGGAGGCAGCGUGCCAAAAACCCAGAAAACUACCAGAAUCUCAGAUAUAGGGUGAUCAGUGACUCGCAGUGGGAGCUGAUUGAAUGAUUGAAGAUAGGUCCUUUAGAAUUGAAUGACCUCUUGACCUUUCAUUUUAGCACCACCUUUUAAGCAACCUUUAGAUUUUUAGCUCCACUGCUGAUAAAGCUCUGAGAAUAGAUAGAUCAUUGUUAUGUUAUGUUAUUCAUUUCCAUGUUUAGGGAACUCUUUAAUUUAAAAAAUAUCUCAGACUUAUUUGUUUCAUAUUUAUUAGCUUUAUAUAAAUUAAUU